UCGUUUUUCCUAUGCAAAACACAAUGUCAGUGACGCCUACAUCCAUGGACAAUAUAAGCUUGUCAUCACCUAUGAUCAGAAUGCUUGACAGAAAGAGGAAAGAUACUCCAAUAGUAGAUGGGUGUAAAGUUGCAAAGAAACCACGUGGUAGACCACCUGGUAGUAAAAAUCAAGUCAAAGGUAUAAACACAUUGCUACCGUCUCCUAAUAACAAAGUAGAUUUUGGAUCCCCUUCUGCAAAACCUCAGUCACUGGUAGGGAAUUCUGCUCUCGGGGGAUCACUGAUUUCAGCUAAUCCAGUUUCCAGAACACUUCCCAUAAUCCAUUCAAUUCAAUCUGAUACACACGUGUCCCUACCUGUAUCUUCUGAUGUAGCCCAGACCACUGAGAUUUCUCCUACUGCAGCCUGUAAUGGGGAAGUCAUUACUCCUUGCUACAAUGUGAUUUCAGCCAAUGGAGUUAUAGUUCAACCUGAAAAGCAAAUGGUUUACAAAAGAGACAAUGACAUUUCUCCCAUUGAGCCACAUAGUGAUCAAACAAAUAACGGGAAUGCAUACAAGACAAGUACAGAGACAUUGGACAAGCCACUUGGAAUUCCUCCUUCUGAGUCUGAGUCUGACAAGGACAGAGACAUUUGGGCACAAUUAGGAUUGGACGACAUUCACUAAAAUGAUAAGAGAUGUAGAAACCAUGAAUGAAAAUGCUUUUGACCAACCAGCUUAGGUGUAUGUUUUAAUUUGAAAUCUUUUUUGUAAUUUAGUGUUUCCAUCUUACAUUCUUUUGACAGAGUGGACCUGUAGUCACUCUAAAUAUGGGAUUUGCAGUUUCUAGUAGGAACAAGUCAAUGAAAAACACCAUUUGAA